AUGUGCACACGCCAUAAGAAGCCGCACAAGAGAAAGAAGAUGAAGAGACACAACCCCAAAGUCGGUCCUAUCACACCUUGCACUCCCAAACCUCGUACUCCAAAGCCCGCCAAGAAAGUGAAGAAGAAAAGUGUUGAUUCCAUCAAUAUUGAUGCGAAAGCAACUAUUAGUAAACGAGUGUGCAAACGUAAGUUGGAUUUUGGUGAAGAAUGUCCCGCCAUGGGCCAAGAGGAGUUGAUGAAGCCACAAGUUACGAAAGAUGUUCCAUCAGAAAAGGUAGGGCCGAAUACCCCCAAGAUAUGCAAGAAGAGAAGGUGGAUGAGACGAACUGCAAAGUUGAACAAUUUGAUCAGAUGGAUUCAUGAGCAGUUACCUGCAACUCGUACACAAGUUCAAGAAGAGGAGGUGGAUAACACGAUUUCUCGCACACAAUUUCAAGAAGAUGAGGUGGAUAACACGAUUUCUUGCAACGGGAGCAUUCGCAACGGGAGCAUUCUGAAUGCUCCCGUUGCAAAAAUUACAGACCUACAAGAGAAUGUAGAAAAUGUCUUGUUGAUCCAAGGAGAUAAGGAUGUUAGAGACGCGCUAGCAGAUUUUAUUGUGAAAAAAAUGCAGUCAUUAUGCAUUAACGAAGAGUGUUGUGAUGCACUUGUUGUUGCGCAAAAGAAAUACAAAGGAAUCGUUGAUCUUGAUCAGGAGACGAUGGUCGUGUGGAAUCUGUUAACUAGAGAUGAUUGGAACGCUUCUGCCGAAGCAGAAGCACUUGGUGCUGAUCAUGAGGAAUAUAUGAAGAGAGAGAGGGAAUUACUUCGAAAUAAUUUGGAAGUGUUUCGAGAACGCAUGCAUGUGGUUCAAGGAAAUAGGCAAUUCUCGCCGUGGAAAGGAUCAAUUGUAGACUCUAUAGUUGGUGUUUUUCUUACUCAAAAUGUCAGUGAUCAUGCGUCAAGUACGGCGUUCAUGACUUUUGUAUCAAGAUAUCCGCCUCUAUCCGUGGACGAACAAAACGCACGAAUUCGUCUUUUGGAUAAACAAGUGAUGGUGGUGGAAUCCUCAUCCGAUAAGAGUGAAUUCAUCCCUGAGGUUGAUCCUCCUAUACAAGUAGAAAGAAGAACAGGAAAGGGUAACAAGAAACAAGAAUUGCCUAUCAAUUGGGAUGACUUGAGAAAACAAUACUCUCACGGUGUCUCAAGAGAGAGAACAGAGCAGAACGCCGAUUCUAUUAACUGGGAAGCAAUGAGGCAAGCACCGAUAGAAGAGGUUGCUGAUGUUAUUCGCCAACGAGGCAUGAGCAAUCAACUUGCCGGAAGAAUCAAGGGCUUCCUUGACCGCCUAGUUAGAGAUCACGGCAAUAUUGACCUAGAGUGGCUAAGAAAUGUUCCACCACCUAAAGCAAAGGAAUAUUUAUUGAGCAUAUCUGGUCUAGGAUUGAAGAGCACCGAGUGCGUGAGGCUUUUGGCACUUCACUAUCCGGCCUUCCCGGUUGACACGAAUGCAGGUCGAUUUUUCGUUCGUAUUGGAUGGGUUCCAUUGAAGAAACUACCCGAGGGAGUUAAGCUGCAUGAACUCAACGAUUAUCCAACUCUAGACAACAUCCAAAAAUACAUGUGGUCACGCGCUUGCAACAAUGAUCAUCAACUAUUAUACGAAACACAUUGUCACAGUGUUACUAUUGGCAAGUCAUUCUGUACAAAGCUCCAACCAAAUUGCAAAGAAUGCCCGAUGAGAGACGAGUGCGCGCAUUAUGCAAGUGCACUUGCAAGCAAUACGCCUCGACUCCAAGGUUUCCAAGCUAACUUGAGUCUAGAAGUGCCAAUAUUGACAAAUUCCGAUGGGAAUGACGUUAUAUAUCAUUCCAAUUCCGAAACAAUCAUAGAACUCCCAUCAUCUCCUGUGGCAGAGACAACGACUAUGGAGCCACUAUGUUCCCAACCAAUCAUAGAACUCCCACCAUCUCUUGUGGUAGAGACAGCACCUACGGAGCCACUAGACAUAGGGGAUAUAGAAGAUAUUGGCACAUUGAACCGUGUGGGCAAUAUUGGCACAUUGAGCCGCGUAGAGCGCUCGAAGAAGAUACGUAGCUUUAUUGGAGAAGAUAAUGAGAUUUCACAAGCUUUGGUUGCUAUAAAUCCCAAUGUUGCUUCAUUUCAGUUGCCUAAACAAAAGUUAGAAUAUCGGUUAAGGACGGUACAUGAAGUGUGCGAGCUGCCAGAUUCACACCCUUUUUUGGCAACGUUUUCAAAGCGGGUAUAUGGGGACCGCUGUCCGUACCUUCUUGCAAUGUGGACGGAAGAUGAAUGUAGCGAGGAGGCUACAACGUGUGAUACAGGAAAACCGAGUUUAUCAAGAAAAGUUGUUGAAUGUCAAAAGCGGAUUAAAGGAACUAUUUUGAUACCAUGCUUUACAGCAAACAGAGGGCGAUUUCCUUUGAACGGGACAUAUUUUCAAAUAAACGAGGUUUUUGCGGAUCAUGAAUCUAGUCUACGGCCUAUAGAUGUUCCUAGAGAACUGAUUUGGAAUUUGAAGAGACGAAUUCUAUAUUGUGGGACAUCUAUAACUUCAAUAUGCAAAGGCAUGAAUAUGGUAGAAGUUGCUUAUCUCUUUAAUAGAGGUUUUAUUUGCAUUAGAGGAUUUGACACAAAAAGUAGAGCUGCAGUAGCAAUGGUAAAUAGAUUUCAUAGCAAUUGAGUGUCGUGUCAUUCGAUCAAUGUAAAAGUCAAUGUACAUGUGUGGCCGUG